GGGCUCUGCCGGAACCCGGAAGUGAUGACGUGUGCCGGCCAAAGUGGAGAAGGAAAAAAAAAGCAGCUGAUUACCUAUAGAUAAGUAAUCGACUGCCGAGCGCUGAGUGGUGGCUGCAGGCAGGAGCUGGAGCCAUGGAGGCUCUCUAUCAUCAGAGCAACAAAAAUGUCCAUGAGGUUCAGUCUCAUAUGGGACGUCUAGAGACAGCUGACAAACAGUCCGUACAUCUCGUGGAGAAUGAAAUUCAAGCAAGAAUAGACCAGAUCUUUAGUAACUUGGAGCGUUUGGAGAUCCUAUGUAGCAAAGAGCCUCCCAGCAAAAGGCAGAAUGCCAAACUCCGGGUAGACCAGCUGAAAUAUGACGUGCAGCAUCUGCAGACAGCGCUGAGAAACUUUCAACAUCGGCGCUAUGCCAGAGAACAACAGGAUAAGGAGCGUGAGGAGCUGCUGACACGGAAUUACACCACUAAUGAUUCAGAGACCUCAAUACACAUUGAUGAGACCCUUCAAUUUAACUCCUCUGUCCGUAACGCACACCAAGGCAUAGACGACCUCCUGGGGAGUGGUACCAGUAUACUGGAAGGGCUGAGGGACCAAAGGAAGACCUUAAAGGGGGCCCAGAAGAAGAUCCUGGAUGUGGCCAACAUGCUGGGUCUGUCCAAUACGGUUAUGCGGCUGAUUGAGAAGAGAGCAUUUCAAGAUAAAGCCAUCAUGAUUGGAGGCAUGGUUUUCACCUGUGUGGUCAUGGUUCUUGUCUUCAAGUAUCUGACAUGAAAUGGAGGGGAAUCCUUCAAAUCCAUGGACUGUCCUUCAGCCUAGUCUUUGCUGCCCCCUCAUCCACUGUGAAACAUCCCUGAAAUCACUAAUGAUAAAGGAGAAGAGGCCGUUUAGAGGGCAAACAGACUUUUAACAAAGACUUUACAUGCUUCUCAAAUGAAACAUAUACAUGUUGUGUAUUUAAUACUGUCUCUUGUUCAGCUGCACAUUCUUUAUUAAAAUUUGUGGAGUACA